AACUCAGUGGACAGUGUGUCAUCACUUGUGUCCCACGAUUGUACCAGUCCCCUUCAUCCCCUGACCGUAUCUCCAUCACACAUUAACCUCGACCAUUCAUCACCAAGCUGCCAUCGUAUUUACAUCUCGUCUCGUCUCGUCUCCUCUCAGGGCGCACAUGACAUGCUGAUAGAAACCCAAUGAAGAAGAAUCUAAUCUCGGACAGUGGCCUAAACAGCAAUUACGAAACAUUCUGCCCAUAAACACGGACACAGACACUCACAGACAUUCAAAGGCUAAGAAAAUACACUGACAGAAACCCAGUGAGGAAGAAUCGUACCUAGGAUUAGCAUCUUCAACCAACGAACAUAGUGUCACGCCAUCGUACAUACCCAUAAACUACAAGCACAAAAACUCACAGACACACAGCUUAUAGAGACCAAAUCAAGAAAAAUCGAACCCAUGACCAGCAUCUUCAUCAACCAACACAUACGAAUAUCUGUGCUGCGCCAACGUACUUACCCAUAAGCACAGACACACCUUCACGAACAUAUAAGAACAUAAGAACGUAAGGAGGUUAAGGCAAAGAAAACAAGACUACAGAGACCCAGGGAGGAAGAAUUUAACUCGAACCAGAUUCUUCAUCAACCAACACACGUGAACCUUUUUACCACACCUUCACAUGCAUGCACCCACAAACGCUGAAACUCUCAAAGACACAGGGAGGCUAAGAGAACGUACUGAUAGUGACCCAGUAAAGAUAAAUUGAACCCGGACCAGCAUCCUGAUCAACCAACACACACACACACACACACACACACACACACCACCACAGACAUACAUAAACAUGGGUGAAGGCAGUGGAGGCAGCGGCAGCAGUGGGCAGUUCACGGGGUGGGACUGGGCAGUGUUUGCGAUCGCCCUUGUAUUGUCGCUGGGCACGGGCGUGGUGGCAGGAUGGAUCAGCCGACGCAAUGCACGGAAGGCGGACAACAAGAGCACGGCCGGGGAGUUCCUGAUGGGGGGGCGAGCCAUGAACCCCUUCGCUAUAGCGCUCUCGACCAUGAUAGGCGCCAUCUCCUCCGUGACUGUCGUGGGCAACGCGGCCGAGAUGUACUCGUAUGGAACACAGCUCUGGAUGAACACGUUCGGCAUGGCUCUCGGCUUUGUAUUCGUGCACUUGGUUAAUUUCACCGUAUUCUACCCCCUCAAGAUCAUCAGCGUAUACACAUACAUUGAACUGCGCUUCCAGUCCAAGGGUCUUCGGGCGUUCAUGGUCGUCACAACAUUCGUGGGCACUUUCUUCUACAUGGGCCUGGUCGCGUACAGCCCCUCGCUGGCCAUGGAGACCGUGACCGGCUUUCCCGCCUGGGUGUCCAUCAUCAUCAUGGGCGUCGUCUGCACUAUCUACUCCUCCUGGGGCGGCGUGCGGGCGGUGGUGUACACGGACAUCCUGCAGGUGUUCGUGAUGAUGGGCGGCGUGGUGAUGAUCAUCGCGACGGCCGUGGGGGAGGUGGGCGGCCUGGACAGGGUGUGGGACAUCGCCUGGGACCAUGACCGGGUGGAGCUGUUCAACAUCGACCCUGACCCCCUCCAGCGCCACAGUCUCUGGCUCGUCACCGUGCAGGGCUACUUCUUCUCGUUGAUCGUCUUCGGGAUGGGCCAGCCGCAGGUGCAAAGGAUCUGCUCCGUGUCCACCUGGAAGAAGGCCGUGGGCGCUCACUACCUCAGCCUCGCCAUCCUCAUCACCGUCUUCUCUCUCUGCAACUUCAUGGGCAUCGCUGUGUUUGCCAUCUACGCUGACUGCGACCCCAUGGCCACGGGGGAAAUCGAAAAGCCUGACCAGAUCGUUCCUUUCUAUGUGAUUGACCGGCUCUCGCGCCUGCCCGGCCUGCCUGGACUCUUUGUGGCCGCCCUCUAUGCUGGCGGACUGAGUUCGUACUCGUCGCAGAUCAACGCCGUGGCUGCCGUGCUAUGGGAGGACUUCUUCAAGAACUCCAAGUGGGUGGCGGGGAUGCGGGAGGAUCGGAGGAACUACGUCAAUGUGGUUGUGAGCGUGAUAACAGGCAUGGCGGGCGUCGUGGCUGGCCUUAUCUCCACGCAGGUCGGCGGUGUGUUCCAGGCGUGCCAGACCAUAUUGGGGACCAUCAACGCGCCCCAGCUCGGCCUCUUCCUGCUGGGGAUGAUGUGUCCCUUUGCUAACACCAUUGGCGGUUUGGUGGGCCUGGUGGUGUCCUUCGCCUUCAACCUCUGGGUCACUGUCGGCGCCAUGUUCUCGGGGGUGUCCACGCCCUACCUCGACUUCUCCGACGAGGGAUGCAACGCCACCACCUCCACGGCUACCGACUUCCCGUUUUCUUCUGAUUCUUCUUGGUUUUCCUCCUCCGUUUUCUCCUCUUCCACUUUGUCUCCCUUUGCCUCCACCACCGAGAGCCCGGAAGACCCGGACGUGUUCCCCCUCUACCUCCUCUCUUACACCCUCUACUCCUUCUGCGGCGUCUCCAUCACCGUCUUCGUGGGCUCCAUCGUCUCCCUCCUCACCAAGCCGUGGUCAACUGAGAGGACCGGCAAGAUCUACGUCCACCCGACCUUUUACGCCCUGCAGCGGAGGUGGGAGAGGCGGCACGCUGCAAAGGACCCGCCCUCCACCAGCAGCCAGAACUUGGUGCCGCUGGAAAAGUACUGAGAGAAGAACAGGAGGAGUAGUAAGAGGAGAGGGGCUUGAGGGGAAGGUGUGCCUAGGUAAUGAUUCACUUUUGAAUUUUUUUUAGUAGUGGUGGUGGUGGUGGUGGUAGUAGUAGUAGAAGUAGUGGUGAUGGCAAUAGGAAGAGAGAUUGGUGGUGACGGUGGUCGUGAUGGUGGUGGUGCAUGAUAGUGGUGGUGGUGGUAACAAUGACCGAUGUGAUGGUACCUGUAAUGGUGACAACGGUGGCGGUAGUAUUAUUGGUGGUGGUGGUGGUGAUGGUGGUAGUAGUGCUGUUGGUGCUGGUGUAAUCUAAUAUUUAUAAAGAAUCUAAUUUAUGUAACACUAAUAAACCUUAGACGUAGA